UUGUAAACAACACUUGAACCGAGGACAAGAAAGACGACAUCUAGACACACAUUCUCUUCGCUGACAAUAUGAGCAACCACGUUGACGUGAAAAACAUUGAACCGACCACUUUUGAGGACCGCUACUACGACGAAUAUGAAUAUUAUAACUUAACAGACCGUUAUACCGAGUGCGCUAGUCGCAAGGGCAGGACGAAGAAGGAGGCGAGCUGUAACACGAACAGACCCAACCCCGCGGGACACGAGCGCAAAAUCGUGGAGAAACUCCAGAACUCGGAGAAGAAAUCCAAAGAGUGACGCAGAGGAUAUUCAAUCGGACGGCUAUUACUGGAAACCGACCACAGGUGUCUCUGCUGGAAACGGGCGCCGAGCUGCAGCAGCUCCGCCUCGGGGUGAGAUGAGCGGGCCGUGACCCGUCGAGAGGACCGUUUUGUCGGCCACACCGCUCCGUGAAUGUGGUGGACCCUGCAGAACGAGCACCUGUUCAGAGGAACCGAUGUUAUGCUUGUGAUGUCGAAUGUAGAGUUUUAAACCGUAGCUUUGAACACGUUUGGUGUCUUGGUACAUUUUAGGAGUUCUUUUAAUAAAGACCACUUUUUCAAAAAAUAAA